AUGCUGUUCUGCACGGCCUGCGUGACGGUGACGGUGCUGAGCGGCGGCCGGCCGUCCUGCCUGCAGGGCCACGGCACCCUGCCGCCCCCGCCGCCCCCACCGCCCCCGCCGCCCCCGCCGCCCCCAUCGCUGCCCCCGGCCUCGCCCGGCUGCUCGUGCUCCCGCCGCGGCGACGGCUCGAACCCAGAGUCGGGCUGCGCGCUGGAGCGGCUGCGCGUGCUCGUCGUGGACGCCUCUUCCUCCUCCUCCUCUGCUGCUCGAGAUGUCGACGAGAGAGGAGUGUUUCCAUGGGAAGGGUGCGGCGGAUCGUCGUGCGUCGGGGCAGCUCAGGCGACUGAGCUGAUCCCGGUGGCGGCCCCGUCCGGCCCCCCACCUGUGACGAACCGGCUACCGACUCCUGACUAUGCUAAGGAUGACUCUUUUACAUCUAACUGGCACAAUAGUGGCCGAGCGUUCAUUCUUACGAACAAGCUCGCUCACGAGAGCUCCUACCUUGGCCGAGAAGAUGAUGAAGCGGCCAUACUCGCCUUCUGUACCAUUCUGGAGGCUGCUGCACUACCGCACAAGAGACAGCAAGAGUCGGGUGUGCCACCGAGAGCCUCGCCGGCCGCACUGCAAGAGUUUUCUGCCCCGGCGGUGGCGGCCUCGGCGGGUGUUGCGCCGCUGGACUCGACCACUCGAGAGGUCGAUGUGGCCCCGGUUGCCCCUCUGGCCCCAGAGACACAGGAAGAGCCGGCGGCUGCGCUAGUUGAUGCCCCGUCCUGCGCUAGGAGAAACCCCGCGGUCUGGACGGGGGCACAGUCUGCUGCAGAUACCACCGAGGUGGACGCCAUCGAACUGCCGGACGCAAAUCUUGCUGAGGCUUUUCCCGGGGCAUCGACCCUGACGAUGCCCGCUCGCCCAGAAAGCGCCGGGCUGCCGCGGAAGAAGGCGUCUAGGGCCUCCCGCGCCUCCACCUCAGAGGCUGUGAAGACGGUCGCGGGCUCCUCCCGGAGCACCGCCGAGCCGAGACCGACAACGAAGACGCAGCCACCCCCUCGCUCGCCUGCUGCCUCCCAGCAGCCUCAUGCGGACGGCUCUGUUGCCCCAAACAGGCAGGGCACCGCCAGGGCUGAUGCGCUGCAGCAAACGCAGCCGCUGCCGACCGCCAACGCGUUUGCAGGCGCCAGUGUAGACGCCGUCCCAUUGGACGGCGACGCGCCUCUGGCACCGCCCCAGAACAAGCCGCCGCCCCCUCCGCUUAUCGUCGUCCAAUGGGACGGCGUCUGCAAGGAUUUCCAGCAAAAACUUGACAGGGUGGUUACGUCUUCUUCAACGUCACAGUGA